CGCAGUUGGAAAGAUUCUCGCAUUAAAACGCGUGCGAGCGAGAAAGUGGCCAAAGAGAAUCCAAGCAAAGCAUCCAGCAGGCCGAGAGUUGCGCGCGCUGUCAGUUCGGUUUUAACCUGCCGCAAGAUCGUAGCAGGCCGCUCAGCAAUUGUUUUGCAUUCCACAGCUUACUCCAGUACACUUGUGUACAAUAAUUUUAAUAUCGUGUUUGUGUUAUUGUUUCUUGAAAAUUUUACACGUAAAUAAACAAUUUAAAGUUAUCUUUAUUGUGAAUAUGAGUGCUAACAUCUAGAGGAGUUAAAGACAAAUUAUCCGAAUGAGGAGCGAUACCAUGACCCCAGAAUCCGCGCCUUCAAAGAGGGGCACCAUAAGCGAGGGUCUGCUGAUGGUACCGAAAGCCCAGAACAUCUUGAACGCGAUGAGCAAACACAAAAGGGCCGGGUCCACAGGGACCACAGGCGACGAAAGCUGCACCACGGACGAGGAUUUUGAUCUGGACGCCGACGAAGUGGAUUCGUCGAAAACGUACUCGGAGUUCGGAUCGUACUCGGACAUAGCCACGAUAACCGACAAGAUCAAAAUAAUGCACAGGAACUCCUCGGACAGUUCGGUUUACAGUGAGUUCGAAAAGUACGAGAAAACCAGCUCGAAUGAGGAUUUCAAGGCGCUCGGUUGUAACAGUGAUUCCAGUGAAGGUGAUAGAGUGGAUUUCGCGGGUAGUAUAGUCGAAGGUAAAGCGGUUUUGAGACUACAAAAUGAGUUGAAAGAAGCCAAUCAGGAAAUCAAAUGUAAGGAUGAAGAGUUAGUUAGGUUAGGAAGAAUCAGGAAGGACGUGGAAUCAGAGCUGGAAGAUCUCACAGCUAGCUUAUUCCAGGAGGCUCACAACAUGGUCAGAGAGGCCAACGAAAAAGCUGCGGCUGCCGAAAAGUCUCUAAAAGAAAGUCAAAUGAAAGUUGACGUUUUGACGGCCGAAGUGUCGGCCUUGAAAACGCUGGUGCUGACAUCUACACCCAGCCAUCCCAAUCCGCAUUUGCACCCGCAGAUAUCGAAAGAUAACGAAUCAGGUGUGGCAAUUUUUACCAAGAAACACAGAAGGUCACCGUCACAUUUCAACCUUAAAUAUGGCAGGGAAAAUUCCCCACCAUGCUCUCCUGUCAAAGAAAUCGUGCACAUCUCUAGCGAAAUCGAAUAUAAGGAGGGGCUAGAGGUUGACCCAGUCCUUCACAAGGAAUUUUUGCAGUGGAAAGAAAAACCAACCCUGGAAAAAACCGAAAGAUUUUUGCAACGAAUUUAUUCGGAAGACAUAAAUUUAUGUCUAACUUUUACAAAUAAGGAAUUAUCGGAAAAAGUUGCGAAAGCUGUGGAAUCUGGUACAAUACACAUAGAAGCUGUAGGGGACAGAACCAAGGCUAUGUUUCCAAAAAAAUGCUCUUUACUGGAGGUUCCAAGGCUUUGUUUCUACAGGAUGAGUAUGGGGGAAUCAGAUGAUUGGUUUAGUAUAUCCCAAAUAUGCCGAAAUAGGAUAAUAGCAGUCUGUGAUUUUUUAAACUAUCUAAAAUACAUUGAAAGGGGUCUAGUCAAAAGUUCUGCGCACGACGUGUACUGGGAAAUAGUGAGGUUACGUAAAAACAUCUCAAUGGCAAGACUGGGGCUCAACAUUGGACCCUGAAGCACACCCAUACCUCAAGUAAACAUGUGCCAACAUAGCAAAAACAAAAACGAUAAAAUCAACAUUUUACAACGUUUGUUUUUCUUACUUUGAAUUUGUAAAAAUAUAUUUUUUAAAUAUUAUAAGCAUGACAGUUAUUUGGUAUGGAUCUGAUUAAAAGCCAAAGAUUUUUAUUAGUUUGUUUUAAAACUUUAUUUUUUUAAAUUGAUUAAUGCAUGUAGAUCUGAUGUAAAUUUUCUUCCAUUUUUGUGUAUAUAAGAAAUUAUAAAUGUUGAUAUUUCUAGUUUAUAAGCAAACCUAUUCAAAAUAAAGACUAUAAUAUAAAGAACCUGUGUUUUUACAUUUUAAAAUAGAUAUGUAGAAAAAUAGCUGCAGAUAAGUAAUAACAUCAACAACUAAUUCUAAAGAAAGUAACGCCGCAAAUUAUCUCUAGGCAGCAAUAAGCCAAUCAGAACAUGACAUUUUCUUUACACCUAGUGUGCUUUGCUAUAAUUGGUUUAUUGCUUUCUAUAGAUAAAAAGUAAAAGAAGUGAUAAAUCAACUACCUAUAUCACUCAAUUCUUAUAUGAUAAUAAUCAACCCUACCUAAAAACAGUUUUAUUUAAACUUAAUCCACCUCAACUUCUUUUUUCACUAAAGCCACAGCUGGAUGUAAAGUAGGAACUGCGCUUUUCGUAAGGGUGUAAGAAAUCUCGUCUGUGUAACAAUCAGGUGUAAAAUGCCUCGAACAAAUUUUCUUCCUUAUAAAAAAACCCGCAUCUUUUAUGCCUGCAAAACCCAUGCACUGUUGCCAAGAAGCACA